UCGUCUGAAGAUGUCCGACAAUUGGAGUACCGUUGGGCAUGCGGCACGACAUCUCCCAGCGCUCCGACAGGUGACAAUGGUAAUCCCCGUCUCUGAGCUGAGUGGGGAUAGGCAACAAAGGGCUACAGAACAGUGGGCUAUAGACAAUUCCACACUCACCCACCUCGUCUUCUGCAUCACAUCCAGACACAACAGGACUGAUCAUGGCCCUAACCAAAAUUUCGACAGGCUAAUAAGCACUCCUAACUACUGUUUCGUCCAUUACCAGUACCAACAAGGCUGGUAUGACGAGGGCACUGCCAUCCGUCUCUGUAGGGACUUCUCCAGAGAUUACGACCCUGCCCUUGGUGCCUUUUCCCAAGUUACCACGCCUAUAUUCCGUGAAGGUGCGUCGGAGGACUGGUGAAAAUGCAUAGGGAUCUCAUCCCAACGUCGUUCCUCUUGAGGACAAUCCAUUUCUAUUCUUUUCUUAAAGCGAUCCAUUUCGAUUUUCAUUUAUGGCACCCCUAUGCUCUCUAAUCUUAUGGGAUCACAUGUAUUCGAGAGCUAGUAUAUUAUAUGUUUAGGAAACUUUAAAGAC